CUGUGUCAGGAAGUGCCAGAAGGGCCUCGUGUGUUUGGAUUUAAAAUUUUCAGUCAGCCUCAGAGUUGGAGGCCUCAAUUCUAAAGAAAGCAAAACCACUUUAGUCACUACGGGUAAAUACAAACGCCGAAGCCUCCUCCGCCUCCAAAUUUAAUGCACCGGCAGGCGGAAGACCUAUAGGGUCCGGUUCAGAAAAGGGCCCGUCAGGACCUCGAGCCCAGGAAUAAAAGAUCCUGGGGACUCUCCUGGCCGCCCGGUUGGAAAGGCAACAUCGCAGGCCGCCGGCUCUGGACCCUGAUGACCCGGGCCCUGCUUCAGCCCGGGCGAAGAGGGAAACUGAAAGCGUUGGUUUUUCCUUGAGGGGGAACGAUGACUGCAACGCACCGGAAACGGCGCGCUGAGAGGCCCGCGGGAGCGGCGGAGACGCCGCCUGAUGGCAUUGAAACGAAUGGGAAUUGUAAGUGACUACGAGAAAAUCCGUACCUUUGCUGUAGCAAUAGUAGGUGUUGGUGGAGUUGGCAGUGUGACUGCUGAAAUGCUGACAAGAUGUGGCAUUGGUAAGUUGCUGCUCUUUGACUAUGACAAGGUGGAACUGGCCAGUAUGAAUAGACUUUUCUUCCAACCUCAUCAAGCAGGAUUAAGUAAAGUUCAAGCAGCAGAACAUACUUUGAGGAACAUUAAUCCUGAUGUUCUUUUUGAAGUACACAACUACAAUAUAACCACAGUAGAAAACUUUGAACGUUUCAUGAAUAGAAUAAGUAAUGGUGGGUUAGAAGAAGGAAAACCUGUUGACCUAGUUCUUAGCUGUGUGGACAGUUUUGAAGCUCGAAUGACAAUAAAUACAGCUUGUCAUGAGCUUGGACAAACAUGGAUGGAGUCUGGGGUCAGUGAAAAUGCAGUUUCGGGGCAUAUACAGCUCAUAAUUCCUGGAGAAUCUGCUUGCUUUGCGUGUGCUCCACCGCUUGUAGUUGCUGCAAAUAUUGAUGAGAAGACUCUGAAACGAGAAGGUGUUUGUGCAGCCAGUCUUCCUACCGCUAUGGGAGUGGUUGCUGGGAUCUUGGUACAAAAUGUGUUAAAGUUUCUGUUAAAUUUUGGUACUGUUAGUUUUUACCUUGGAUACAAUGCAAUGCAGGAUUUUUUCCCUACUAUGUCCAUGAAGCCAAAUCCUCAGUGUGAUGACAGAAAUUGUAGGAAGCAACAGGAAGAAUAUAAGAAAAAGGUAGCAGCACUGCCCACACAGGAGGUUGUUCAAGAAGAGGAAGAGAUAAUACAUGACGACAAUGAGUGGGGUACUGAGUUGGUAUCUGAGGUUUCAGAAGAGGAACUGAAAAAUUCUUCAGGUCCAAUUCCUGACUUACCUGAAGGAAUUACAGUGGCAUAUACAGUUCCCCAAAAGCAAGAAGAUUCUGUACCUGAAGUAACAGUGGAAGAUUCUGGUGAAAGCUUGGAAGACCUCAUGGCCAAGAUGAAGAACAUGUAAAUAAUGGACUGGCCUGUAUUUUAUUUCCUGUGUCUAAACCUGUUCCCUAGCAAUUAAAAAGAAAAUCAUUUAAAACUGAGAAAACUUAGGGCAACAUCAGUUGAUGUAUAAUCUUCACUGAAUUGUUAUACUGUUUAAAAAUACUGUGACCAUUGCUUGUUACUCUCCCCCCCACAACUAAAUCAGAAACUCUCCUAAAACUUAUGUUUCAUUCUAGUAAGAAAACGUCAAAGGAUUAUUGCAGGCAGUUAUAAAUCUUAUUUAAAACUUAGCCAUUGAACUGUUUUGGCCUUUUGGGAGGGGUGGGAAGAAAGGACCAAUUUGAUUUGCCUGAGGCCAUGGACAACAGAAUAGUGUGUGGUCAAGUAUAGGGAAAGGACAAGAGGUACAACCUAUUGAUUAGAGCCAGCAGGCAUCUACUCAUUGUGUUUGGAAUUGCUCUCUACAGGAAAACUGCCCACUACUACUAACUUGAGCAACAAUGAAUUUCAAAUAGUAAACCUAUAAAAUAAAAACAUCCUUUCAAAUGUUUCCUGAUGAAACACAAGCUGAAAUACAGUCAUUGGAAAAGUUUGUAAACCUCUGAAUUAUAUAUUCAAAACAAGACAGAGUCAAAUAAGAGGAAGCUUUCUUCUUGGAUAGACAGAUAAAGAUAUUUUCAGGAUGUACAAAUUAUAUUUCUGCACUGAUUAAGAAAAAGCAUAUCAUCUGUGGAACAUAUAUCUGAGUCAGUGUGCUUUAUUGAGGAGCAAAAGAUAAAUUUAGGCUAAGAUCAUCUAAAUUAUACCCAUCAUAUGGGCUACCUUCUAAUACUUUAUUUUAUUUAAAUUUGAUUCCGUGGGUAGUUAGAUAUUGGCAAAGGUUUGUCCUGGAUAACAGACAAUAAAAGAGGUCAAAAUUGCCUCUGCAACGAUUGACAUGUAUUUCUUCACAGGGAAGAGUAUCAUUUUCCCUGAUCGUGACCACUAAAUCGUAAUUUGAUAAACUGGUUUUCUCUGGAUUUUGCAUACAAAUAAUGAAGGCUUAGAGAACCUUGUUUGAAAUAAAUUCCUAAUGGUUUGGAGAGUAAUAAAGACACAUGCAUGUGUAACCAUUAUCUGUAGGCUGGUACUAUGCUAGUCU